ACGCAAUAUAUCAACUGUGCUCUUUGACAAACGAACUGAUAUUCUCCAAAGGGAUAACAAGUUAUAUAAAUCAAACGUCAUUCUUAGAUUGAUCACAACUUAGUAACCAAAGUCUUUGUUUCUUCCGAAAAGUUUGCAAGAAAAAGAGAAAGGACAUGUGCAAUUAGGACAAGCAAUAGCGUACUCAUCUCCAUGGUGGUGCAGAUAUAAUGGCCAGCUGUGUGCUUAAAGGUUUAGCAGCCUGUGUUCUCGUCGCUUCAGUAUUAUGCUGUCCGGAUAAUUGUAACGGACGUGGAUCAUGUAAUAGGAGUGUUGUUCCUCCAAGAUGUCAGUGUAUGAACGGGUAUAUUGGAGAAGCAUGUCAAGUGGAAACAUUCCAAGUGGAGAGACCAGGUCCAUUUAGUCCCUUAGUGUCCGCCCAGCAGUUCUCGUAUUUGCCCUUCAGCAUAAGAUCUUGUAACAACGCGUACAUAGAAUUAAUGCGUCAAGACAAACUGGGAUUUGGUAUUGAGCUUGGUAGUUCUCGUAACCCAUUUUCUUCACUUGAUAGAAUUCCACCUUCUGAAACCGGACAGCUAGAUGCUCGCCCCGGUGCCAUUUUGGAUUGCAACAACUUUCGUGAAUUCUGGUUGGAUUGGGAUAAUGGGCUUAUUCGACUAGGAUCAGGUUCCGUAAGAGGGCAGAAUGUUCUCCUUAGCUCACAGCAAGAUCCGGGCCUACGAAUUAACCAGAUGGUUUUCAACUCAGGUGUUUGGAGACUGCCUUCUCAAUUUCGAGCUCCUGUAACAGAAACUCAGAUGGCAGAGUUUAACGGACCAACAGUACAAGGAGACACAAUGAUGGUCUCCCAAGGAUCCCCUGUAAUGUUUGGAGGAGUUCCUUCACACGCAGAAGGGAUAGUAGACCCUCAAGGGCUUUUAGAGCAUAGACUGUUGUCUGGUGAAAGAAAGGUCGAUGAACAAGGAAACAUUCAGUAUAAAUUAGAAAAUUCUCAAAGCACCCCUUCCACAAAUUUUGUUCAGCAAAAUGAUAGAACAAUUCUUACUGAGCAAAAACCCACAAACAUCGAGCCAACACCAAAAAUAGAGCGACUGCAGCAGGUCACAAGAAUAGAAAAGUCCAAAAGACCAAAGACUACAACUACUGAGAGACCAGUCCAUAGCGCCAGCCCGGCUGUUAAUGAUGUCAUAAAUCAAAACUCCUGGCCAGAAAACACCAAUACUGAUUCACUGGCGAGCCUGGAGCAGCGUGCAUUUUCGAACCAACUUGAAUCUGAUAAUUCUAAACGUGUCCUAAACCAAAUUAGUAUACAGGAUCAAAAUCGAGAAGAAUUGCAAAGCUCUAACCAAAACCCAAAACAAAAUACUGAUUCCUUAGCUAAUCUGGAGCAGCGUGCAUUUACCAGCAAUCUUGAAGUUGAUAAUUCUAAACGUGACCAAAAUCAGAUCAACAUAAAAGAUCAAAAUCGACAAGGAUUGCAAAGCUUUAAUCAAAAUCCAGAAGAAUAUAAGACCGUUGAAAGUAAGAGUAAUCAAGAAGCAGUAACACAAAGGGCUAUCGAUGGUCCUGUGACAUCAAGCGAUAUUUACCCCACUGAUUCGCAUUUGAAUCGGCUUGAUCAUACAGAGAAUAAAGAACAGCAAAUUGUGAAGCCAGAAACCCAAAAUAACAACAUUAAAGAAAACGUUAGGACUAAAAGCAUGGAUAGUCCUUUAGAAAUGGGAACCAAAAUUACCCCUAGUGUACUACCAAAAGAAACAAACAACGAUGUACAAAUAACAAAUCCAGUUAUUUUAAGUGAAGAAGGUUCUAUUUUAGGGAUGGAUGGUAAACCAAUUAAAACAUCAAUCACAAAGGUGAACAAUGACGGGAAAAGAGAGCGUCUUGCUCAGAAUUUGAUAACAGGGCCCAACGGUCAAAUUCUUUCUAAAAUUGAAAAAGUAGACUCAGAUGGAAACACACAGAUUUCAUUUGACCCUCAGUCUCAAAUCAAUUGGCCAACUGAACAAAAUUCAGUCCCCAAUAAACGAGUUAAUUUUGAUAAGGAUGGUCGUCCUCUGUUAACCGUGGAGAGAAAAAUACAACGACCCUCAGGUCCUGUCCAGACUAUGAUAGGGCCAAAUGGAGAAGUAAUUGAUGUAAGUAGUCAUAAACAUUACAGCCCUGAUGGUUCAAGGUACGAAGAAAAAGAACAACAAAGAGUAGUGAGUGCAGAUGGAUCUCAUAUAAGUGAAGCAGCAAAGACGAAAAGAAUUACCCCAGAAAUGGCAGGCAUAAAGGACACAAAAAGACAAGAAUUAGUACGUCGUAAUAGAUUACAUAUAAAGAAAACCGAAAAUGAAAAGACUUUGAAACCUGACUUGCUGGAAAUAAAAAAAUCAAAUCGUGAAGAAACGCAUAGGCCAGACGUUGCACAUUUUAAAGAAGAGAAAGACCAGAUGACAGUGGAUGCUAAAGGCACUUCCCACUUCAGGAAGAGUAAACGACAAGAAUUGAUAGGUCCUAAUAGAUCGGCGUGGAGUUCCAGUUUUAGCACUAAAACUUUUUUUGUUUCUAAGGGAAAUGGGCAAGUGCCAGUCACUAACGACCGGUCAACCACGACUCAAGAGCCAAUUACACGCAAUAGGCAUGAAAACAACAUACUAAAUGUUCCUGAUGCACACCCAGGCAGGAUUUUGCCCAUGAUUCCUGAACAACCACAGAAUAUCCCUCAUUCAGUCUUUCAAAAUCGAGAUCAAAUACCUCCUGUACAACAAGAACACUCGUUUAUAUCUCAUCCACAUGCUCAAAAUAAUGUUUGGAUUAAUCCAAAUUCUGGAGCUGAUCAUCAAGAACAUAUCGUCGAAAUGCAUUUACCUUCAAAUACAAGGGCGGAAUCUAUUGGGAUAAACACACCACAGAGUGUAAACAUUCGUGAGUCCACACUUCCGUCUGAAAGUUUUCAUCAGCAAAUAUUACCUAAUGGGCAGCUUCAGCACACGCCUGUAAACAUAAUAGAGCAACACAGACCUGAAAUGUUUACCUCGCAAGGCGUGAUAAGAAGUCCUGAAGUAGGGGAACAGUGGUUUAUUCCACAGCAACAACAUGCCUUUCAAUCUGAUCCCCAACAUCGAGGGUUUAGCAACAACCGAGAACAGACAAUCCAAACUCAACAGGUAAUAGGUUCGCCAAAUUUCUUUGGAUCUUCUCAAUGGGGUCCUCGUUUUGCACCAAAUGAGGUCCAUGGCGUAAUGCAAGGUCAGCCAUUUUUUAGGUCAGGUCGAAAAAAAAGACAAGUGCCUCCUCCACCCCCAAGGGAUGCUUUUGACAAUUUUGACUUUCCCGAACCACAGAGAACAAAUCAAGUUAUAGGUGAUGGUAUGUCGUCAAAGGUUAGCUCUGAUGGCAACACAUUGUCAUCUGGAAGAGUAUCGAAUUCUGUUAACACAGAAAUGAUGCCUCCUCCACAACAUUCUAUGAUGCCAACUAUGCCUGUUCCUUCAAUGGCUCAUAGUGUCGAUGUUGGUAAAAUUGGUGGAUCGAUGGAAUCGAUGGCAAGCAGAAAUGUGAUGCCACCACCACUACCACAAGAUGCAGUGAUGUCCAAUAUACCAAUCCCAUCGACUGGUGGAAUGGUCGAUUUUGAUCAAACUGGUGGAAUCCAAACAGCAUCACCGCCAGAAGCACAUCACUCAAACAUGAUGGAUCUGCAGAACAGAGUUGACCCAUCUGGUACAGGAAGCAUGCAAGGACAAAACAUGCUUCUUUCACCACAAAACACGGGUGGUUCACAAUUUAUGAUGAGAAACCCACCACAGAGUACAGUAGAAGAAGUACAGUUAAAUAAUGGGGGAUUUUUCGAGAUUGAAUGUGGAAUUAAAUCAGCUGAUCCUAAUAUGGAAAUCAGGUGGACAAAAGAUGGAGUACCUUGGACACCGCCGCCAAACAAUCCAAAGAUAUACUUUGCUAACAACAAACGGAAGAUAGUGUUCGAAUCAAUUACUCCUGAAGACAACGGAAACUACAUGUGUGUCGCUAAUAACCUGUUCAAGACCUCCGCUACCCACGAUUUGGUUAUCGAUUCUCCAAGUAGUACGGCUAAGAUUGUGCAUGAGCCAACUCAAUUGUCCCCCACCCUUGGUGGUCGACUGGAACUUCUCUGUGAUAUUUCCUCAACAAAUCCAAACUUAGAGAUAACUUGGUUCAAGGACGGGGCGCCAUUUCAUCCAAAAGAAGACCAAACAAUUAAUUUUUUCUUCAAUAAAAAGAUACUUGUAUUCAGCUCUGUAGAUGAGGCUGACAAUGGGAAAUAUACAUGUAGCAGCAGUGACGGAUAUAUGAAUCCAAAAGCCAUGAUAGUGACAGUGCAAGGAAAAGAUUCUCAAAAGUUUACGCAGAUGUUUGGUCAAGAUUUCAGCAACAAAAACCAACAGCAAUACAUGCAAACAUUUGAAAGCAGCGGUCCUUUACAGGGUGUACCAGUUGGGUCUGGGUACUUUGAGAUCACUUGCAAUGUCCAAGUGACGAAUAACCGAUCGGAAAUCCGUUGGACAAAAGAUGGACAACCAUUUAACAUUGAUCCAAACAAUCGUGAUGUCUAUUUUACUGCCAAUAGGAGAAAGAUCAUUUUUGAAAACUUGUCACCGGAAGACAAUGGCAUGUAUACGUGUCACGUCAAUGAUCCUUACGUCACAUCCGCUUCUACAGAUCUCUUCAUUGAAAACCCAAAUGACGCAAUGGUGGUAUACAUGCCCCAGAAAAAGAAUCCCGUAGUCGGCAGCGUGUUAGAACUUCGAUGCGAUGUGACCUCAACUGAAACCGAGGUCAGGCUCAGCUGGACAAAGAACGGUAUCCCCCUUACUCCUAGUAACCGGGUCUCCAUGGAGCGGGGCAACACACUUGUCUUAAUACGUAACGUCACAGAGGCUGACAACGGCCAGUAUAAAUGUAUUGCCAACGGAGAUCAAUCAACGGCAGUUUCCACCUUUGUCAAUGUUCAUUCACAAGAAGACGUCCGAAAUACACAGUUAUUUGGAACAGCUGGAAAUCAAUUUUUCAUGGGCGGAAAUCAAAUGUCUGGGGGUCAUAUGAUUCAAGGACCAACAGUUGGGGGUCAAAUGACUCAAGGACAAACAAUUGGAGGUCAAAUGAUUCAAGGACAAACCAUGGGAGGUCAAAUGAUUCAAGGCCCAACCAUGGGAGGAGGUCAGUUCAUUCAAGGCAAUGUUGUUGGAGGUCAAAUGGUUCAAGGUCAAUAUCUUGGAGGAGGUCAAAUGAUUCAGGGUCCUGGCAUGGUUAGCGCCCCACGACAAGAGAAGACAAUAACAUCGGGAUAUUUCGAGAUCCACUGUAAUAUAUCAAUUAAUUCACCGGGUGUAGCUGGAAUAACUUGGUUGAAAGACGGAACUCCCUUUAUACUACCCUCCAACAGACCCGUGUAUUUCAAGAACAACAAGAGAACUAUCGUUUUUACGUCCGUGACUCCAGAAGAUAAUGGGCAGUAUACCUGUAUAGUUGACAACCAGUACCUGGCCUCGGCAACAACAGAUCUUUUUAUAAAGAAUAAAGAGUUCUUUAACAAGGAUUGGACACAAAAUGCUGUAGUUGUUUACGAGCCUGAGACAUUAAACCCGCUUCAGGGAACCCGACUUGAAUUGACUUGUCAGAUUACGACAACUAACCCAAACAUCCGCCUGACCUGGCUGAAAAAUGGCGUCCCUCUCCAGGAGACUCCUGAUGGUAAAAUCCAGUUUGAAAAUUACAACCAAAUAUUAGUGCUGGAUCCAGUGGAUUUGAUGGAUAAUGGAACAUACACGUGUCAGGCUAAUGAUCGCCAGAGAACGUCUGUAUCAACUGUAGUUCAUGUCCAUGAGCGCGAUGAGAGCAGAACAGUUCUCACUUCGAUGUCAUUAUCUUCUGGUUCUUUUAGAAGAAGUGAUGCGUUAAGUGAAGUAAAUAUCCGAUCAGGAUACUUUGAGAUUAACUGCCUCCUGGAUGAUGACACAUCUGAGAUAUACUGGGCCAAGGAUGGGGAACUCUUCGUCCCCCCAGCUGACAGAGCUAUAUAUUUCACCAACAAUAAGAGGAAGAUAGUAUUUGAGGGAUUCAGACCGACUGACAGUGGACUGUAUACUUGUGUGGCCAACAAUGAAUACUUGUCUGCUGCAUCUACUGACAUAUUUUUGGAGCCUCCAAUGGAAAAUGCACUGGUGAUAUAUGUACCUCGACGAUACAAUCCUAUCGUUGGAAGACAAUUGGAGAUCAGGUGUGAUACAAGGUCAACCAAUCCCAAUCUAAAGGUCACGUGGUUCAAAGAAAAUGUCCCCCUAAAUCCACAAAGUAAUCCGAGUCUAAGUUUCUUAGAUGGUGGUCGAAAGUUAGUUUUUAACUCUGUCAAAAUUGGAGAUCAGGGGAAAUAUAUGUGUGCAACAGAUGAUCCUAACAUAGCUGCAUUGACAAUGUUCAUACAGCCUCACGCUAAUGAGGCCGCAAGACAACGAUAUUUCGGAUUCCUUGGAGGUAGACAAGCGGUUGAUGCAACAAUCCAAGUCGUCUCUGGAAGGGUGAGAAUUCAGUGUGACGCAGCGAACGGUGCCACAAAUAUUGCCUGGUUCAAAGACGGCUUACCUUUAGACGGCAGUGAACCCGGAGUUUCCUUUGAAGAUGAUUACCAGACAUUAGUUCUAUCCCAGUGGGGACCGUCAAGUGAAGGGAAUUAUAUGUGUCUCGCUGAGGGCCCAAGUUGGCGAUCAGCAUCAAAAGAACUUACUUACAUAAGUCCAGCUGAAGCCGGUUUGACAACAAAGCUUAUGAAAAUGUAUCCGUUGUUUAACUCGGCAAUGGAAAUGAUUUGUGGGAUCCCGGGACUACAGCCUGAUGACGUCAUAACCUGGGAAUUUGAAGGUCAAACUGUAUUGCCAGAGCCUGAUCGAGUCAUGUUCUUGGACAAUGCUAGAACCCUAUGGAUAAAAUCUUUUAAACCAACAGAUAUUGGAAGUUAUUCAUGUAGUGCUAACGGUUUUAGAUGGUCAGUCUAUGCAAACGGAUAUUACACUGAUUUAGAAAGAAAACGUGCACUAGGAAGCCCCAUAUUCCUGAGACAAUGGAUGUACGGUCCCCAGAGACAGAUACAAUUUGGAAUGCCAAUGAGAUAUCCGGUGAUGGGAGGCCGAGUAGAAAUUAUUUGUGGAAUCCGAAAUGAUUAUAACACUGUUGUUCGUUGGUUUAAAGAUGGUAGCAGAAUUCGUAGACCUCAGCCAACAUAUUAUAUGUAUAACGGUCUGGUCCUUGUAUUAAUGGAUUUCUCUGAUUCUGAUAAUGGCGUGUAUACCUGUGUAGCCGGUGAUGGCAUGAUGUCUUCUUCUUCAACCAGACUAAACUUCGAAAAUCCUGAGGCUGCAACUGCAACAUAUGAUCCACCAUCGAUGAAUCCCGUAAUAGGAGAAAAAGCAGAGAUAUUCUGCAACAUUCCAAAUCUACCACCAGGUGUAACUGUAAACUGGCAAAAAGACGGACAGCCAUUUGACACACCUACCGAAAGAGUCCAGUUUUACAAUAAUAACCGUAAGAUUGAAUUCAGCUCCGUAUACCCUGAAGACGCCGGCAGUUAUGUUUGUAUAGCAAAUGAUGAGAUUGGGACCUCGUACUCAACAAAUGUUCAAGUCUUCAAUGAUGAUACUCUUCGACAAACCAGUGUUUACGGGAACCCUACAUUUUUACUUUCGCAAAACGAUAGACCUUUACCCAAUCUUAACAUAGGAGGAACACUAGAACUACCCAUUCAGUCAGGAGUUGUAGAGCUCUUAUGUGCAGCCCAGUCAUCAAAUCCUAAUGCUGUCUUUGUCUGGUUAAAGGACGGACAAUAUCUGUCCAGGUCACCAGUAUACUAUAAAGACGAUGGGCGCGUGUUGGUUAUUCCAGACUUCACAGCUGAUGACAUUGGAAAUUAUACAUGCAUCACUAAUGACGAAACGAUGUCAUCGUCAUCAACAACAGUGAAUUACGUUUCACCUGACCUAGCCCAGGCUAGAUAUGAGCAGCCCCACAUGAAUCCCCUGACUGGAGGAAAAGCUGUACUGAGGUGUAACAUCCCUAAUCUUCCGCCUGGGGUAGAUGUGUUCUGGGAGAAGGAUGGCCAGGCUUUUAAUACCCCCAGUGGAAGAAUUCAGUUCCUUAAUAACAACCGUAAGAUUGAGUUCAGUGAGGUGUAUCCACAGGAUGCUGGCAGCUACACGUGUACAGCUAAUGAUGGAUCUUUAGCAACGUACUCCACUGGAAUUUAUGUUUUUGAUCAGGAUCAACAACGAAGAACAUCAGUUUAUGGUCCAUUAAUAGAACCAGGGUUGGACGCUGGCCAAACGAUUGGUGAGCAGCCUAUGCCCAAAAAUACAAAUGAACAGCCAACAGGAAUUAAUCCGGAUAUAGUGGGUGAACGUCCAAUAGGAAUUAAUCCAGACAUGGUGGGUGAACGGCCAGUAGGAAUUAAUCCAGAUAUGGUAGGCGAACGGCCAAUAGGAAUUAGUCCAGAUAUGGUGGGUGAACGGCCAAUAGGAAUAAAUCCAGAUAUGGUGGGUGAUCGGCCAGUAGGAAUUAAUCCAGAUAUGGUGGGUGAACGGCCAAUAGGAAUAAGUCCAGAUAUGGUGGGUGAUCGGCCAGUGGGAAUUAGUCCAGAUAUGGUUGGUGAACGGCCAGUAGGAAUUAGUCCAGACAUGGUGGGUGAACGGCCAGUAGGAAUUAAUCCAGAUAUCGGAGUGAUCAAUCCAGACACAGUAGACAGACCACCAGUGCUUGUCAGUCCAGACCCAGCAGGCGAACAGCCAGUUCCAAUUUAUCCUGGUGAAGGCGAACAACCUACAUCUGCCUACCCAGGAUUAACGCCACCUCAAACUAUUAUUCCUCAAGGUCAACCCCUCUCAUUGCCAAUCGACUCUGGUAGAUUAUACCUCCGUUGUGGUAUCCAGACAAAUAAUCCAAACGCUGUUAUUCGCUGGUUGAAAGACGGUCGACCAAUCAGGAGGAACCAACCUACAUACUACAUGUUUAACGGGAGAAUACUAGUACUGUAUGGAUUUUCUGCUUCUGAUGCAGGACAAUACACCUGUGUGACUAAUGAUAGGACAAUGUCUUCUUCCACAACAAAUCUGCAAUUUGAAAACCCAGGCUCAGCAACGGCUGUGUAUGCUCCCCCAAGUUUGAAUCCACUCACUGGAGGAAAGGCAGAAAUUUUAUGCAAUAUUCCCAACUUACCUCCCGGAGUUUCCGUAACAUGGACGAAGGAUGGUCAACCAUAUGACGUUCCAAGCAACAGAGUGGAGUUCCUCGAUUUGAACCGUAGAAUUGUGUUCAGUUCAGUUUAUCCUGAGGAUAUCGGUAGAUACGUCUGUAUUGCAAACGAUGCGACAAGAACCACAUAUACGACCGACGUGAAUGUCUUUGACGAUGAUACUCUUCGACAGACAGAUGUUUAUGGAAAUCCUACAUUUUUGCUUUCACAGUUAGAUAGACCCUUACCUAAUCUGAAUAUUGGAGGAACGUUGGAUCUUCCUUUAGAAUCAGGAGCUAUGGAGUUGUUAUGUGGAGUUCAAACAAAUAACCCCAAUGCCGUAUUUACUUGGUUGAAAGACGGACAGCCUAUCACAAGGACUCCAGUAUUCUACCAGGACGAUGGUCGCGUGCUUGUCAUACCGGACUUCUCACCUGCUGAUAAUGGAAAAUACACAUGCAUCACCAAUGACAGGAUGAUGUCCUCGUCGGCUGCAGAUGUCAGAUUCGUUAGCCCAGAAAUAGCAUCAGCUGCAUAUUUACCUCCUGAGAGGAACCCCUUGGUUAACGACAAAGCAGAGAUUUAUUGCAACAUUCCAAACUUAGCUCCAGGAGUCCCGGUCUUCUGGGAGAAGAAUGGUCAAGCAUUUGACUCUCCUAGCCCAAGAAUACAGUUCCUGAAUGAUAAUCAUAAGAUAGAGUUCAGCACGGUAUAUCCAGAAGAUGCUGAUAGCUACACAUGUACAUUAAAUGAUGGAUCAGGGGAAAGCUACACAGAUCUAUUAACACCAUAUGCAACAGAUGCGGAGAGGGCAGAUGCAGUGUAUGGACCAAACCGAGUGAUUGAGAUUCCAGACACGUUGCCUCCCGAACCACCUCAAGCUAUACUCCCUGUAGAUCCAAUGGAUCCAAAUAACAUUCCUGUCCAGCCAACUGCUAUAAACCCAGAUACAUUGGGUGAACAGCCAACAGGGGUUUACCCCGAUACAGGUGAACAACCCACAUCUCUCUAUCCCGGAUUAGCACCUCCUCAAAGUAUUAUUCCACAAGACCAACCCCUGACUUUACCAAUCGACGCUGGUAGAUUAUACCUCCGUUGUGGUAUCCAGACAAAUAAUCCAAACGCUGUUAUUCGCUGGUUGAAAGAUGGUGGACUAAUCAGGAGAAACCAACCGACAUACUACAUGUUUAACGGGAGGAUACUGGUCCUGAUGGGAUUUUCUGCUGCCGAUGCAGGGCAGUACACCUGUGUGACUAAUGAUCGGACAAUGUCUUCUUCUACUACAAAGCUGCAGUUUGAAAACCCAGGCUCAGCAACGGCUGUGUAUGCUCCCCCAAGUUUGAAUCCACUCAGUGGAGGAAAGGCAGAAAUUGUAUGCAAUAUUCCAAACUUACCUCCCGGAGUUUCCGUAACAUGGACGAAGGAUGGUCAACCAUAUGACGUUCCAAGCAACAGAGUCGAGUUCCUCGACUUGAACCGUAGGAUUGUGUUCAGUUCAGUUUAUCCUGAGGAUAUCGGUAGAUACGUCUGUAUUGCAAACGAUGCGACAAGAACCUCAUACACGACAGACGUGAAUGUCUUUGACGAUGAUACUCUUCGACAGACAGAUGUUUAUGGAAAUCCUACAUUUUUGCUUUCACAGCUAGAUAGGCCAUUACCUAAUCUGAAUAUUGGAGGAACGUUGGAUCUUCCUUUAGAAUCAGGAGCUAUUGAGUUGUUAUGUGGAGUUCAAACAAAUAACCCCAAUGCCGUGUUUACCUGGUUGAAAGACGGACAACCUAUAACAAGGACUCCAGUAUUCUACCAGGACGAUGGUCGCGUGCUUGUCAUACCGGACUUCUCUCCUGCUGAUAAUGGAAAAUACACGUGCAUUACUAAUGAUAGGAUGAUGUCCUCAUCUUCUGCAGAUGUCAGAUUCGUAAAUCCUGAAACGGCAUCAGUUGCGUAUCAACCUCCUGAAAGAAACCCGUUGGUUAACGACAAAGCAGAGAUUUAUUGCAACAUUCCAAACCUAGCACCAGGAGUUCCUGUUUUCUGGGAGAAGAAUGGUCAGCAAUUUGAUUCUCCUAGCCCCAGAAUACAGUUCCUGAAUGACAAUCGUAAGAUAGAGUUCAGCACGGUGUAUCCAGAAGAUGCUGGUAGCUACACAUGUAGAUUGAAUGAUGGAUCAGGAAAAAGCUACACAGACCUAUUAACACCAUAUGCAACAGAUAUGGAAAGGAUAGAUGCAGUGUACGGUCCAAACAGACCACGAGACAUUCCAGAAACUUUGCCUCCUGAUUCCCUUCAGCCUACAGGUAUCAAGACAAUUUUCCCGACUCUAAAUAGUCGAUUCGAACUUCACUGUGAUAUACCAGACCUCCUCCCUGGCAUCGACAUUAUAUGGAAUAAAAAUGGACAAACGUUUUUGCCGUAUGGCAUAACACCCCGGAUAUAUUUCAUGGAGAACAAGUCUGUUAUGGUAUUUCGGUCAAUAUUACUUGAGGACUCGGGGGAUUAUACAUGUAUCGCCGAUGAUAUAAUGGAAUCCUCCCACACGACACGACUAGAGGUCAAAGGUGAAAAUCACGCUGGAAUUAUUCCUCCAAUGGACCAAUCGCCAAGCGAUCCAACACCAACGCCCGAUGCAACAAACCCAGACGUAGUAUCUGGACCAUCGGAAAUAUAUCCCAUGGAUCCGAAUCAACCACCGGAUUCUGUGAAUCCAGAUUUAGUACAACCAUCGUCAGUCGUUUACCCUGGAGAUCAAAAUCAAAUUCCUCAAGAUGUUAAUUCAGACAUAGAACGUCCACCUGUAGACACAAUUCCUGUUGAUCCAACUCAACCACCUGAGUUCAUUAAUCCAGAUUUGGUAGCCCCAUCGCCAGAUAUAUUCCCUGGGGAAUCAAAUCAACCACCGGAUUCUUUAAAUCCUGAUUUAGUACAACCACCUUUAGACAUAUACCCUAGAGAUCAAAAUCAAAUUCCACAAAAUGUAAAUCCAGACAUGGUACGUCCUCCGAUAGAAGCAAUCCCUGUGGAUCCAACUCGACCACCAGUGGCCAUUAAUCCAGAUUUGGUAGCUCCAUCGCCAGAUAUAUUCCCUGGGGAAUCAAAUCAACCACAGGAAUCUAUUAACCCAGGUUUAGUACAACCACCUUUAGACAUAUACCCUGGAGAUCAAAUUCCACAAGAUGUUAAUCCAGACAUAGUACGUCCACCGAUAGAUGCAAUCCCCGUAGAUCCGACUCAACUACCAGAGGCCAUUAUUCCAGAUGUGGUAGCUCCGCCGCCAUAUAUAAUUCCUGAGGAUCCAAAUCAACUACCAGAGGUCAUAAAUCCUGACAUGGUACCUAGGCCAUCUGACAUAUAUCCAGAUACGUCACAACCUUUAGAUGCUACAAAUCCAGAUAUUUUCCCUCGACCAACAGAUAUAAGCCCAGUAGAUCCAACUCAACCACCACCAUCAAUAAAUCCAGAUAUGGUGCCUGGACCUCCUAAUGUGUAUCCUGGAGAUAACAAUCAACCACCGGAUGCCAUUAAUCCAGAUUUGGUUUCCACACCGUCAGACAUAUAUACUGGAGAUCCAAAUCAACCACAGGAUGUUAUAAAUCCAAAUGUAGUACCCAGACCUUCAGACAUUUAUCCCGGGGAUCAAAAUCAACCAUCAGAUGCUACAAAUCCGGACAUGAUACCUAGACAACCAGAUGUGUUACCUAUAGGUCCGAGUCAGCCAAUUGAUGCCAUUAAUCCUGACAUCCCACCAAGGCCAAAAGAUAUAUAUCCCCGAGAACCAUAUGAACAACCGGGAGCUCUAAAUCCGGAUAUUGAUCCGUCUCUUGAUACAAACCAAAACUAUUUAAGCCCAAACCGACAGCCUACGCCUAUAGAUAGACUUCCUGAACCAGGAAUGAUACCACCAACGGACCAAUUCCCUAGCAAUCCAACACUAACAUCAGAUCCAACUAAUCCAGACAUGGUAUCUGGACCAUCAGAAAUAUAUCCUAGGGAUCCAAAUCAACCACCAGAACCUACUGAUCCAAGAUUAGUACCAUCACCCUCAGACAUAUACCCGGUAGAUCAAAAUCAAAUGCCACAAGAUGUUAAUCCAGACAUAGUACGUCCACCGAUAGACGCAAUCCCUAUGGAUCCAACUCAACCACCGGAUGCCAUUAAUCCAGAUAUGGUGGCUCCGCCGCCAAAUAUCUACCCUAGGGAUCCUGAUCAACCAUCAGAGACGGAUAUAAAUCCUGGCAUGGUACCUAGGCCAUCUGACAUAUAUCCAGAUACGUCACGACCGUCAGAUGCUAUAAAUCCAGGUAUUUUCCCUCGACCAUCAGAUCUAAGCCCAGUAGACCCAAAUCAACCACCAGAAUUAAUAAAUCCAGAUAUGAUGCCUAGACCUCCUUAUGUUUAUCCUGGGGAUAACAAUCAGCCAUCGGAGGGAAUUAAUCCAGAUGUGGUUCCUAUACCAUCAGAUCCAAGUCAACCAGUUGAUCCCAUUAAUCCCGAUAUCCCACCCAGGCCAGCAGAUAUAUACCCCCGAGAACCAACUCAACCACCUGGAGUUUUAAAUCCAGAUAUUGUUCCAUCUGUUGAUACAAACCGUAAUGAUUUGGGUCCAAAUAGACAACCUACAUCACCGAUAGAUAGACUUCCUGAACCAGACACUGUAGAACCUCAAAUUGAUGAAAUAAUGCCGAGAGUUCCAUCUGCUCGUACAGAUAUUUUGCCAUCAGCACAACAGCCUUUAACGGUAACAGCAAAUGAAGGAAGUCCAUUUGCACUGAAAUGUAGUACCGAGUGGUAUCCUGGCGACAAGAUCACAUGGAGAAAAGAUGGCCGACAAAUAGAAUUUUCCUCACCUAAUGCACCUAUUGGUAUAGAAAACAGAUUAAUCUUUCCUCAAAUCACACCAAGGCACAGAGGAACAUACACAUGUAUAGUAAAUGACAUUCCUGAGACAGCCAGUACCACGAUUUUGGACACUGUUCCAGGAAAUCCAGACAAUGUUGGCUUCGUCGAUCCGGAGCAAAUUGAGAAAUUUGAGGGAGAAUUAUUUAUGUUGAAAUGUAAGAUUCCUAACAUAAGGGAAACUGAUAGCAUUUCGUGGUUCAGGAACAAUAACCCUGUCAUGACAUCACCAAGACGACGUGUCAGCCCAAUGGGUAUCAGUUUUAAUCCUGUACUCAUGGACGAUGGUGGAUCCUAUUUCUGUCUGAAGAAUAAUGACCUUGGUUCAACAUAUUCUGCGGAUUUAAUAGUUUUACCGAAAGAACCGACACAAGUACCACCUAUUUCCCGCCAAGACCCCAUUCCACCUCCUACAGAUCCAAUACCUGAGAGACCAAACGCCUUUAUAUUCGAACCAAGGAAGCCAGGAAUACGUCCUUCUAUGCCAGAUUCCAUACCUGAUAAUGAAAUGUUUAAUUUCCCUCCUCCCCCGCCAAACCCUCCUCGCAUUGGAGGUCCAGCGCCACCACCGACUGAUUUCAUAUCACCUAUUCCAGGAUCCGAUAUUGAUCAGGUUCCACCUAUCCCUGGAUCUCCACGUGAUCGAUUUCCCCCGAUCCCUGGCCCUCAGAUCGAUCCAGUUCCCCCGAUACCUGGAGGUCCUACUGAUCCUUUCCCUCCGGUCCCUGGACCUCAGAUAGAUCCUAUUCCACGUGAUCCUCGUCCCCCUAUUUCACCUUCCACUCCUAGCGAUGUAGAGGUAUCCCCAGGACACUUCCGGCCUGCAGAGGGUACUCCAUUUAUCUUAGAAUGUGGAGAGGGAAUAAAUUCAGACUCUCCUAGAAUUGUUAAGUGGAUCAAAGAUGGCAGACCAGUUGCUAAAGACGUCCGUAAAGACUCGAGGGGGAACCUUCUGUUUGAUCCAAUCAUAUUGCUUGACAGUGGAGCUUAUACAUGUAUAUCCACAAAUCCGAGAAUGGUCUAUAAUGCUGCGGUUGAUGUUAUACCUGAGAACAUCAAUAAUUUCCUUCGGAGUGAGAGGAAUAGAAAUCCAGAGGACAGACUUCCUUUAAUGGAAUACCACCGACCUGUGUCGACGUCUUUCUUCAAACUGACCUGUAACAUCACUGAUGCAGAUUACCGACAGCCAGUGAUAUGGACCAAAGACGGUCAACCACUGGAUAAUUCUAAACCUUCAAUACUUCAACGUACAGAUAAUGGUCGAACUCUUAUAUUCCCGUCGAUUCUUCCUGAUCAGUCUGGAAUGUACAGAUGCCAGAUAGGACCAGAUGACAAAGCGGCAAUAGUAGAUGUCAGACCCGAAAGUGUUCAAGAGUACCUGCUAUUAAGUGAACUGAAUGACGAGUCCCCCACUUUGGUGCUUCCAAACAGAGAGCAAAUGCCCUUCCUACAGUUGCCAAAUUCUGAGAACACCCCGAAGUUACUCGUAACGGACCCUGGUACCUCCAUUCUCAUUCCAUGUGAUCCAGGGUUAAAUGUUGAUCCUAAUGCACCUGUAUCCUGGUAUAAGAAUGGUGAUCUCUUAUCAGAAACACCUGGAGUGGAGAUGCGCACAGAGGGUAUGUUCCUUACCGAUCCCAUGCGGUCUGAUGCGGCAUUGUACACAUGUGUUAUCGGUGAAGGCGAAGCAUCUUCUUCAACCAGAUUAAUUGUCAACGAACCAAAACCAACUCAAGGAUCGUGUAGAGAUAGUGCUGGUAAAGUCUUCCUACAAGGAGAGAUGUAUGCUCCAGAUGUAUCAAAUCCAUGUGAAGUAUGUAGUUGCUCAAAUGGAAAUCCAGUUAACUGCAACCAAAAGAUGUGUAGUCCUCCGGCAUGUCCUAGAUAUGAACUGAUUGAAGGCACAUGCUGUGGAUUCCGAUGUUUAGAGACACCAGGGGAACCUGGACCUCCAUUACCACGAAGAGAACCCGAGCGUCCAAUAAGUCCUCCUGUCAUUGAAAAUCCAGAUCGACGGCCACCUGGGCCUUUAUCUCCUUUUGGAAGAGGCAUUCCUCCACCCGUACCUCCACCUCCCCCUGCUUUCCCGCGUUUCUUUGACGAGGACCCUACUCCUGAUCCAUUGAGUGUAAGCCCAAUAGAUGCCCGUCCCCCUCCUACAGAUAUAGGAUCCGGGCCACUCUCUCCCCCUGGCUCAGUCUCACAAACCCCUUAUGAUGUUGAAAUUUCCCCAGGACAUUUCCGACCUUCAGAGAGGACUUUAUUUAACCUGAUAUGUCGAAUUCCUUCUUCCACGGGAAGAGUUCUCUGGAUGAAAAAUGGAAGACCAAUAAGAAAUCCCAUCCAAAAUGCCAGGGGAGAUCUUGUGUUUGAUUCAGUUAGAAUGCGUGAUAGUGGAGUAUACACAUGCGUGUCUGAUGAUUACAAGCAAACAUACAGCGCUGCUGUUGAUGUGCUUCCACAAAAUAUCGAUGACUUUGUGUUAAGUGAGAGGAACAAAAACCCCGAGGACAGACUCGCUAUGAUAGAUUACCACAGACCCAUGUCGAACACUCCCUUUAGUCUUACCUGUAACAUAGAUGGAAUGGACUCCCGACUACCGGUUGUUUGGAGAAGAGAUAAUCGACCUUUAGACAUUGCUAGAGACGAAUCUAUUCGAAUCACCGACAGGGGAAGGGUUCUCCGCUUCCCGUCCAUUGCACGUGCUCAGUCAGGAGUGUAUAGUUGUCAGAUAGGGAAUGUAGAUAGAACAGACAUUGUUGACGUCAGACCGGAAGAGGUCCAAGAAUACCUUCUUUUAAGUGAACUGGACGAUAAAACACCCAAUGCAAUACUGCCAGAUGGUGGUCAACUACCAACAUUGCGUUUACCAUCUGAUAGUGAUCCUAAAUUAAUUGUGGCCCCGUCCGGUGCACCAACACAAAUUAUGUGUGACGCUCAACAGAAUAUGGACCCAAAUCUUCCCGUGUUCUGGUUUAGAAACGGACAGUUGGUUGUCCCAUCACCAGCAAUCGAAUUCAACCCAAGAGGUUUGUUGUUCACUUCCGUUGAAGAACGUGACGCGGGGCUGUUCACAUGUGUUGUUGGCGAAGUAGAAGCUACAUCGUCGACAAGACUGGUGGUUACAUCUCCAGAUUCUGUUGAUCCAAUACCACCAAAUCUAGUUGACCCAAUCGAUAGACAAGUGCCUACUGGUUCAGUCGACAGGCAAAUGCCUCCAGUGCCUCCUAGCCCAAUCGAUAGGCAGGGGCCCCCAGUGCCUCCCGGUCCGAUCGACAGGCGAAUACCUCCAGUGCCCACAAGCCCUACCGACAGGUUAUUGCCCACUGACCCAAUUGACAGGCGAGAGUUUCCAGGUCCAAUUGAUGGACGUAUGCCAACUGACAUGAUAGAUAGGCGAAUGCCUCCAGGCCCUAUUGAUGAGCGUAUGCCAACUGACAUGAGAGAUAGGCGAAUACCUCCAGGCCCUAUUGAUGGGCGUAUGCCACCUGACAUGAUAGAUAGGCAAGUGCCUCCAGUGCCUUUUGAUGGGCGGAGGCCAACUGACAUGAUAGAUCGGCAAGUGCCUCCAGGCCCCACCGAUGGAAUUGAUCAAAUAUCUCCAUAUCCAAAAGGCAGCGAACCACCCAUAACAGAUAGACAAGGACCGUACACUCUGCCAAAUCUAGAGAUUCCAAGACAGAUAGAUAACCAGUUGAUAGGACCAGAGGUGCCUUCAGAUCCAGAUGCAACAACAGUUCUGAGUCAAGUUAACCCAGAUACCGGAAUUCUAGAACCAAGACGACGACCACCUGUUCGUCCAGACAUCAACAUCAGAGAUUCCAUACCUCCGAUACCACCUCGGGAUAUCAGACCCACAGACAGACUACCUCCAGAUGUUGGCUCCGGUCCAUUAGGACCAGGUCCGGAAGACACGGGACCGAUGAGGGUGUCCCCCUUGAGACCUCCUGAGGGUGGGCGCUCGGACAUCUCUCCCCUUGGUGGUAUAAUUGCGCAAUUCUUUUAUCCUCGGAUCGGGCAAAACUUUAGGCUUCCUUGCAAUAUUAGAGGACUUACACCCGAUACUCCCGUGGUUUGGUAUAAAGAUAAUCGUAGGUUCCUACCCGAGAAUGGUCGAGUCCGGAUAGUGGACAAUGCAAUAGUGUUCCAACCAGCACUAGCUGAGGAUUUUGAUAGUUACGCAUGCGUCAGACCAGAUACCAUGGAAACAGUACGGGCUCAGCUCUACGUCAAUGGCGAUGAAAGACCACCAGGACUACCCGAUGAACGAUUUACCCCAAGACGAGAUGGAAGUCUUGUGCAGCAUUUUUACUACCCAUCCUCUGCCGAAUUAUUUGAGCUCCGUUGUGAUCUUAGGUCUGGGGAUAAUACAAUUCCAAUUAGAUGGUUUAAAAACGGACGAAGAUUCCAAGUACCCGUCGAUAGGCCUGUUUCUUUACUCGAUAACAAUCGUGUCAUACGUUUUAGUUCCAUUUCACCCAGGGAUAAUGGUCAAUAUACCUGUAUGGCUGGAGAUAAUUUAGCGACUGUCUCCUCAGAAAUCAUCGUUACAAGUCCAGGAAUGACAUUUAAUCCCAGAGACAGACAAAUAUCAUUAAGUAGCAGCGACAGGAAUGCAUUACUUCAAUUUACAGGAACCCAAGGAUUUUCUAGCAAAUUUUUCCCCAUCGUCCGGAGACCGUUCAUAUUAAAUUGCACGGCGGCAAUGGACACACCAUCCCUACCCGUUACCUGGCUGAAGAACGGGGUUCCGUUCACCCCUAUCAAUAGGCGGACAUUUGUCAGGUCCAGUUCUAUCGUGUUUACCUCCAUCAUGCCUCAGGACAGCGGUCAUUACACGUGUAUUGUAGGUGACAACCAGGACAGCGAGAAUCUCAUAGUCGAUGUGAUAUUUCACGAUAUGGGCUCGGAAGGCACCCUAGGUCGUCCGAUAUUACAACAAAAAUAUAUUCUGAGAUGCGGUAUAUCGAAUUUACGACCUAACACGAGAGUUUCUUGGUUCAAGAAUGGACAACCUUUCGUUCCAAAUUCGGAACGAGUGAGAUUUGCAGACAGCCGAGGUUCUGUUUCGUUCACUCCCCUCCUGGAAGAAGACAAUGGAGAAUAUAUGUGUGUAGCCAAUUAUGGAACUAGCCAGGCGUCGUACACUACAACACUUAGAGGAAUACAAGAGAGAUUACAUGAAAUAAUUACAGUACCUGUCGCUCCUAAGGAACAUCGUGCUACUUUGGCGGAGAGAUAUGUUCUAAUUUGUGCCCUUCCAUCUGUAAAUAAUGCAAAUCCACCCAUUUGGUUUAAGAAUCGACGGCCAUUUAAUCGAAGGACCGCCCCGACCAAUGUGGCUUUUAGCGGAAAUUCUUUGAUUUUCAAUACAGUCACAGAAGCCGAUCGUGGUGUUUAUACUUGCUCAACCCCAGAUGGAGGUGAUCAGUAUACUACUGACUUAAUAGUUGUUCCAAGGCUGUUCACACCCACGGAGGGGUCAAUUUUUACCGUCCGUUGUCAAAUACCUAAUGACGAUCCAAGAAUCCCAGUCUCAUGGGAAAAAGAUGGCCAACCCUUACCACCAGUAAGCUCCAGAACUAUGACCUAUUCCGAUGAUGGCCGGGCUAUCACUUUCACCCCGGUCACUCCACGGAAUGAUGGUCAGUAUCGAUGUAUCAGGGAAGAUGGUCGCGUAUACCCAUUGGCAAUCAAAGUGAAGCCGACCAUGCUGUUUCCACGGAGCAAACUACGACCUUUUAUUUUGGAAUGUGCUCUUCAAAACAUGAAUUCACGGAGAAUGAUCGUAUGGCUUAAGGAUGGAGAAGUUUUCAGACCCAAUGUAGACAGGAUAUCCUUCAACGUGGCAGAUGGGGUCAGACAAAUUGUAUUUGACCCCCUCUUACCGGAGGAUACUGGUAGGUAUGCUUGUGUUGGACCUGACAGAGAACGAUACACCGUCAAUGUUAUGGUGGAUGGACAAAUGCCAGCAGCACGACGUAACUUCCAACCUACCAUCACACAGGCCUUCAGACUGACUUGUGAUAUUCCUUUCCUUGAGCCAUCAACUCCAGUUUAUUGGUUAAAGGGCCAGCAACUCUUUACUCCUCCACGAGAAGAUGUUAAGUUUGAAAAUGGAAAUAAUGAUAUUGUGUUCGAGUCUGUUAUGCCUGAAGAUUACGGAAAGUAUACAUGUGUAACGGCGGAUGGUUCCGAAUUCUAUUCCGUUGACGUGGACGUCAAAAGUGGUCCAGGACAUAGACGAGUGACAAUAGGUGUAACGGAUCGACCAACAUCCACAAUACCUGCCAGAACAACCUAUAAAUUAUUUUGUCGUAUUCCAAAUCUGGAGCCAAAUGAAAAAGUAGUUUGGCUAAAGAACGAGCAGGUAUUCGUUCCAGCGGGAAAUCGGAUCAGAUUUGGGCCCUUGGGUCGAGUGGUGACGUUUUCACCAUUGUUGGACCAGGAUUCAGGAAUGUAUUCUUGUGUAUCAGAACUAUCAGGAACCACCAUCUCUCAGAUCUUAAACGUCGGGCCACCUAUAUAUCCAGAUGACUAUAGACUGGAAGUAGCCCCUGAUUACUAUCGUCCAGUGGAGACCAAGCCUUUUAGUCUUCAGUGCAGGUUGCCCUACUCCCCCGGUCGAAUAUUCUGGAUGAAGAAUGGAUCCCUGUUUAACCCUGAGCAAUCCCCAGCAAUUAGACAGAAUGACCGACUAAGAAGACUAGAGUUCGAUGCCACUAUGCCUGAAGACAGUGGGUUGUAUGUGUGUAUGUCAGAGGAUCACAAUGGAAUAUAUUCAGCUGGAGUGGAUGUUCUUCCCUACAAUAUCUAUGAAUACAUAUCUUCAUUGGGACCUCCAGACAGACAGAAUUUACCACCAGGUGCUGCGCUUCCAGGAAACUUGGACUACGUCAGGGUUCCAUCUGGAGUGCCAUACGAACUACUCUGUAAUAUCACUAACUCACCAGGACCAAAAUCAUGGAGCAAAGAAGGUGCCAUAAUACGUCCUCCUGCUCCAGGCGAUACAAACCGAUUCUUACCAUUCAACCCAAUUACAAAGGCUAAUUCGGGUGUUUACACAUGUCGGGCAGGGAAUCGAGAGUAUACAGUUUUAGUCGAUGUGGUUCCCAAAGACGUUCAAGAAUACUUCCUUCUGAGUGAACGUCCAGAUGAGAAACCUAGCUUGAGACUCCCAGAUGCAAUGCCAGAUAAACCUCGACUUUCAAUGCCGAAUGGCAUGGAUCAAAAGUUACGAUAUACGAGACCGGGAGAUCCUUUUGCAGUAAUUUGUGAUAUCCCACCACAGAAUCAGCCUGUCAGGUGGUACAAAAAUGGCAUGUUAUACGCUCCCCCUCGCCCUGAUAUUCAGGUGUUUGACAGGAUGAUACAGUUUGGACAGUUGACAGAAAACGACCAAGGUGUGUACGCUUGUGUAGCAGGCAAUGGAGAUGCAAUUUCCGCUACAAGACUUGUUGUGAAUCCACGCCAUACAACAGUGACGGUCAAUGUAGCCGAGAGAGAAAAUCCACAGGCCUAUGCACUGACAAGAUUCCGGCUGUAUUGCAGCAUUCCUAUGUUGGACCCAGAGGAACCCGUGGCAUGGAUGAAGAACAAUCAGCUGUUCGUUCCACCUGUCGAUAGAAAUAUACAAUUCUCCCAGAAUGGUCGAAUUGUCACAUUUGACCCCAUUUUGGAGGUCGACAGUGGUACAUACACUUGCAUAUCGGAAAGAACUGGAGCUCAAAUGUCACAGAUGUUAACAGUUAACCCACCUAUAUAUCCAGAAUACUACAGAGAAGAGGUGGCUCCUGGAUACCACCGUCCUGUGGAAACCAAACCGUUCAUACUUAGAUGCCCGGCAGCGGGGGCACCUGUUAUCUGGAUAAAAGAUGGUCUUCCUCUUUCCAAAGAUCAGCAACGCAUCUCAUUCUCCAAUGGCGACCGACAAGUACUGUUCAGGAGCGUGCGGAGGGAGGAUAGCGGUGACUAUGUCUGCAUAGCUAUGAAUGGAAGAAUUCUUCACCAAUCGGCUGUUGACGUUGUUCCUUUGCCUGUUUAUGAAUACUUGAUGUCUUUGGGCCCCCCAGAAAGACAAGGAGAGCGUAUCCUUAACCUCCCACCAAAUCUGGACUACUUGAGGCCUUUGUCCGGCAGUAUGCUUGAGUUAUUCUGUAACGUGUCAGAUGCUGCACUGAGCCAACCAAUCACCUGGGCCAAGGACGGAACUAUAUUACCUGACCAAAAUGGUCAGUUCCUGCUUUUUCCGUCGGUGUUCGAGCCAGAUGGCGGUUUAUAUACUUGUAGGGCAGGAAAUGAAGAGUACAACGCCAUGGUUGACAUAAAGCCAAGGAACGUACAAGAAUAUCUGCUUUUGAGCGAUACACAGGAUAGAAACCCAGCAUUAAUGCUGCCUGAUGCCCCUGAUGAAAAACCAUUAUUAACCCUUCCUCUCGAUGCCAUGGAGAGACAAAGGAUCCAGACCCGUCCUCCUGGGGUUGGCUACAUCUUGGUGUGUAGCUUACCACCUUACAUCCCCUACCAAGUUCCAAUACGGUGGUACAAGAAUGGCGAGGCCUAUAACGUCCCGCCGAAUUCCAGACGGAUAUCAGUGCUGGAUAAUGGUCGGGUUCUUAGAUUUAAUGCACUAAGAGAAGAAGAUGCUGGUCUGUACACGUGCGUGGCGGGAAACAACCUUGCUCUGUAUACCUCCAGAAUUAUUGUUGCUCCGGAUGCUAGAAAUGAACAACUUACCCUUGGAAUAAGAAACAGGGAAAACAACAUACAAGUCAACCAAGACUUCAUUCUGAGGUGUGGAAUUCCACCAAUGAAUCGCAACGUGCCAGUCGUUUGGUUGAAGAAUGGGCGACCCUUCGUCUCGUCAGAUCCGUCAAGGGUUAUGAUUAUGGGCAGAAAUAUUACGUUUUCACCUGUUCUUCCGGUUGACCAAGGUCGCUACACGUGUAUGGCUGUUGACAACUCUGCAUCCUUUACCUCAGUUAUAAAUGUCCUAGCCAGAGGAGCAAGAGCGGAGGAUUCGCAAUUACUCAAUUCCUGGCAGCAACAGUUCAGACCUCUCGGCCUGGGGGCGUAUGAGCUAACCUGUGUGUUGCCAGCGUCUGUGGAACCCUCUAUGCCUGUGAUCUGGAUGAAGAAUGGCCGCCGUAUGAUGAAAGAUGACACGGGUAGAAUUACCUACACGGACGGAAACCGAAGGAUGAUUUUCGCUGAGUUGAGUCCAGAAGACAAAGGAUGGUAUACCUGUGUGGCAUUGGAUAACUCUGCCUCUUAUACACUGUCGCUGGUGGUAGAUGUAGAUCAGAAUACAGAAACCGAUACUGUUGGAACGGCCCUGCGUGUUAAUAACCGACUAUUGGGAACGGAGUACGAGCUCAGGUGUUUACUUCCCGACCCAGAAAGGCCAGUAUUUUGGAUCAAAAAUGGGGAACCCUUUGCAGCUGACCCCGAUGGCCGUAUCAGAUUCUUUGAUGGAAAUCACUUGGUACGAUUCAGGAGCCUUCAACCAGAAGACAGAGGGUAUUACAUGUGUCGAUACGAGGACGGCUCAAUGACCUACAGCACAGCCAUCAGAGUUGUAGGAGGAACAAGAGUCCCAGGACGAAGAAACAUAAGAAACUUCUAUUUAAUGCAACGUGGUGGGAGGUUUGAGCUUCGCUGUGCAAUCCAAGCUAUGAAUCCGAAUUUCCGGGUUAUCUGGCUGAAAAAUGGUCAAUUAUUUGACCCUCCAGCAUCCACAGCCAUAUCAUUUACCAAUGGAAACAGUAGAAUUAUUUUUGACGAUUUGCGCGAAGAUGAUGCGGGUUUAUACACUUGUAUAAGUGGAGGCUACCGGUAUUCUACAUCCCUCUAUAUGAAGACACAGGCUAUGCAAGGUGGAACCGGGUGUAUAGCGCAGUGUGGUACUGCAGCAAGUUCCUGUACGAUCCAGAUUAAUUGUACAACGUAUAUGACGUGCGAAGUCAGUGGGGAGACCUGUGACUGUCGCACCAUGAUGUGUCAAUUUGGAACUUUCUGGAACCCAGACGCCAUGAGAUGCACGUCAAUCAGAACUACCACCUGUGGAACAGAUCCAUGUCUUUUCCAUCCUCCGCGGUACACCUACCCCAGUGACUACAACUGUAGGAGCUUCUACCGCUGUUCUAACAAUAGGAAGUCUAUUCCUAUGUGUUGUAGGCCGUUCUUUAGGUACGACCACAGAACGGGAUCCUGCCAACCAGACAAUGGGUGUUCCAUAGAAUGUACAAAGAGACAGAUUGCUGCAGACCCAACUGUUAGACUAAUGACUGCUCGUCCUAUUAACGGUGUGUGUUUCCUGGAACCUAUUCCUGGGGAUCCCGGAAGAUACUACAACAGGGCUUCCGGUACCACGGAACCGUGUCCACCGGCAACCGUCUUCAGAGCAGAAUCCUGUGUCUGCGAAAACUCUCUUACUCUAACUCAUGUUCAUGAGAAAACAUCUGCUCUUAUCAGGGAAUGUCAUCCGCUCCUUCAGCUUUCCUUUGAAAAGGGAAUCAGAAACAUCUCUCCACAUGCAGUUUACACAGAAAUAACUGACGUUAAUACCACAGUAUCUCGUAGACCUAAAGUCUCCGUCGGUACGUUCAAUGGCAGGACUUCAGAAAUUUCCACACCACGGUUUGUAAGAGAUGAAAUUGAGGAAUUAUUUGUGACAUUGAAUUUCUUGGAGAAGGAUGGCAAGGAUCAUCAAGUUUUGUUCUCUAACUGCCGGGCAUUAGCCACGCCCUACAAAGUACCGGGCAUCCCCGGCCUGAGGACUUCUUCUGCAGAAAUAUUACUGGACAAACGGAAACAAGAAAUUAUUUUCAUAGGCAAAACAGACGAUCCACGGAUCAACACCGCCAUAGUUAGAGUACCAUACACUCCAAAUCAGUGGAACAAAGUAGAACUGAUGUUUGAUGGAUACCGGUUGAGGGGCGUCGUUACUACAGAUAACAACGGCGUCCCAGUGCGACAGUUCGGUGUCGAACCACUCGUGGGACGAUUGAUUCCAUCAGAGGAUAUGACGUCACUGGGUAGAUGCUCUGACACAGACGCUUUCCGGGGUUUCAUGGAUAAGGUUAUUGUUUCAAAUUGCAUUCCAAAAGGAUGAUACAUUAAUUGAAAAUAACUGAAGUUGUAUGUAACGUAAUGUACAUUUAUAAAUAACUGUGAUUAUAUAUUUUAUUGUCAUUUUAACUCUGUAUGUAUCAUAGUAGAAUGAAUUUCAUAUAUUAUUUUCUGUCAUCAUUCUUGUUUCUCCAUUUUUUUUUUUCAUUUAAAUUUAAUUAAAUAAAAGAACAAAUGUA